AUGACAAAGUAUGGAGAACAAACAUAUUGGGAUGAACGUUAUCAGAAGAAUCAAGACCCAUUCGAUUGGUAUCAAGACUUUAGUGGACUGAAGGAUAUAUUUGAGAGCAAGAUGAAGUUGACAGAUAAUAUAUUGAUGGUUGGUUGUGGCAACUCUUUGCUCACUGAACAGAUGUACGAAGCAGGCUACAAGACAAUUGUAAACGUUGAUAUAUCAUCGGUUGUAAUCGAUCAGUUGAGAAUCAAGUAUAAGGAAUACGAAGGACUGUCCUAUGUCACUGCCAACAUCAUCGAGACACCAUUUAGUGACAACACAUUCGAUGCAGUCAUUGACAAGGGUACAUUCGAUGCAAUAAUGUGUGGAGACAGUCUAAAGGUGAACACAGUGAGCAUGUGCGAGGAGAUAUAUAGGAUACUCAAACCACAUGGAGUGUUCAUACUCGUAUCAUAUGGCGAACCAAUGGAUAGGACAUUCUAUUUAGAGCAUGCUACAAACUGGCCAGUUGAGAUAUUAAAGAUACCAAAGCCAGGUGCAAACAAAGAUGAUGUACAUUAUGUUUAUGUAAUGGUUAAGCCAGAGCCAAGUUCAGACGAUGAAGAGGACGAUGAAGAUGAAGAAGAUGAAGAAGAUGAGGAAGAUGAUGACGACGACGAAGAUGACAAUGAUGACGAAGAAGAGGAAAACAAACAAGAUGUAGACAAAGAAGUGAUAAACAAUGAUAAACAACAGUCAUAG